AUGAGUUCGUUCGUUUUUUUCUUUACUUUUACGUUGGAGGGGGAGCUUUCAAAGGCGGUUACAUCUUCUUUCUUAACUUUGGUUCCCAAGUGUCUGAAUCCUAUCGGUUUGGAUAAUUAUACACCUAUUUGUUUAGUGGGUUGUAUGUACAAAGUGGUAGCUAAAGUGUUGGCGGGGCGUUUGAAACGGGUUUUGAAUUCUAUUAUUUCUCCUUGCCAAAGUGCUUUUGUGGCGGGUAGACAAUUGUUAGAUGGUGUUAUGGUGGCUAACCAAGUGGUUGAUUAUGCUAGAAAAGAGGAUGGUAAUUGUCUCCUUUUUAAAGUGGACUUUGAGAAAGCGUACGAUAAAGUGGAAGAAAGCAAUUUUACUUUUCUUGGUAUUCCUAUAGGAAUUAAUCCAAGGAAGGCUUCUUCUUGGCUUCCUCUCAUGACUAAGAUGAGAAAUCGUUUAGCGGGAUGGAAGAACCGUUUUCUCAAUCUUAGAGUCUCUAAUAGUAGGUUUCAUAUUCGUAAUGGUUUCACUACUCCUUUUUGGGAGGCUAAGUGGAUUGACGACAACCCUUUGACGGAGAUUUUUCCGGAUUUGUUUGCGGCUUCUUGCUUGAAGAGAGUAUCGGUGGCGGUGGCUUCUUAUUAUGAUUGUUUUGCUAGUUUCCGAACUCCUCUCGGUCCGCCUAAUAGACAUGACGUGGCGUUAGAGGUCAGUGUUAUCAAUGGCGGAUGGCAGUCCAUGGCGGAUAGCCUAAAUCCCGCCAUAUCGGGUCGCUUUGCGGCGCCGCUAUUGCGGAUUAUGGCGGAAAAACGUGCAAUAGCAAGCGGUAUUUACCAUUGCGGCAGGCCCAAAACCGCCAUGUAUAUCCGCCACAACGGCCAUGGCGGGGCAAUUUGA